UUGAGACCACACCAAACGGGUGAAUUUUUCAUUUUUUAUUUAGAAGUUAAAAUAUUGUUCUUCGUAUUCAUCGCCAAUGCUCAAUUGGUCAUGCUUGAUUCUAGUUCCUUCUUCAUUGGGUUGGGACUUUGGAGCUUGAAUCACAUGAAUCUUCUGACAUAUAAAUAUACUUUUUUAUGAUCAAGUAAUUAAAAUACUUUAAAAAAAUAUCAAAAUCAAAAGACUUUGGUGAAACAUUACACUUUAGACGAGCUAACAAAAUUCGAGAUCGACUGAAAUUCAUGUUACAACAGAAGUUUCUAGUUUUUACUUUUAAUAAAAAGCUUUUGAAUCCAAAAAUUAGUUAACUAGUUUUUGGUAGCUUUUAUUUUUAGUUUUUAAUUAAUGUUACAUAAAAGCUAUAAACUACUUUUGCCUAAAAUUUCUUCGUAAAUAAAAGCUACAUCUUGACUAAUUUCGCCAAUAUACCUUUAAGAUACGGAAGGGCUUUAUAACAAAUAAAUAAAUAUUGCCAAUAAAAAUGAAAACACUACUUUAUGUAAUAAAAAAUGAUUUAAAACGAGUUUGAUGACUAUAAUUAGAAAAAUACGAAACUACUGUUGUCCUGAAAAUCCCAAAAUGGGAAUUUGGACUUAUCUGUUUAUUACGUCACAUUGACACCUGUAGAAGCCUAGUUAUUCCAAUUGGACUGAUGAGUUGGCCUGAGCAGACAGCUUUCCUAUUUUUAGUAAUGGCAACAUAGAUUUCUCCGCCUUUCUUGGAACGAAACGAUUGUUCUUGAUCUGGCCACCAACACCCAGUUGCAGGAAACCCUCUAAUUAAUCCGAAAAUGGCGCAGUCAAUUCUUGGAUCUUCUCCUCUAUACAAAUCCGAGUGUUCGAAAUCGGCUGCAUCAACAACAACAAUCUCUGGUUCCAAGUUGAAGUUUUCGGGAAUUGAGCAGACACACCUCGGAUUUCUGAAUUCUUCCAAGAGCAAUCUGGCUUUGAAAUUGAAAGCCUCAAGGGAGGGGGUCGGUUUGGUUCAAGAAACUAAAAUGGAUCCCCCAAAUCUUAUAAAGAAAUCCAAAGAUGGAAGUGAUUCAUUCACUGAAAUGAAGCAAAGAUUCCUGAGUUUUAAAAAAGAAAAAUACUUGGGAAACUUGGAGUGCUAUCAAGAACUUGCUGAAGCUCAAGCCCCAAAGUUCCUGGUGAUUUCUUGUGCAGAUUCCCGAGUUUGCCCCUCUUAUAUCCUAGGAUUUCAACCUGGUGAAGCCUUUGUAGUCCGCAAUAUUGCUAAUCUUGUUCCACCAUUUGAGAAUGGACCAUGUGAAACAAAUGCUGCACUUGAAUUUUCAGUCAAUGCACUUCAAGUUGAAAAUAUACUGGUGACUGGCCAUAGCUGUUGUGGAGGCAUCCGUGCCCUAAUGGGCAUGGAGGAUGAAGAAAACUCAAGUAGCUUUAUCAAGAAUUGGGUGGUGGUUGGAAAAUCAGCAAAAUCAAGCACAAAAGCCAUCACUUCUAAUCUCAGCUUUGACCAGCAAUGCAAACACUGUGAAAAGGAAUCAAUCAAUCAUUCACUAUUAAACUUGCUUACAUACCCAUGGGUAGAAGAACGAGUGGCAAAAGGUUUGCUUUCUCUACAUGGUGGCUAUUAUAACUUUAUAGAUUGUACAUAUGAAAAGUGGACUCUUGAUUACCAAAAGCGCAGUCAAAAGCACGAAAAAGGUGGAUACGUCAUCAAGAAUCGUGAAUUUUGGCAAUAAUGUUGUGGUGUUCUUAUUCUUCUUGAUAGUAACAACUUUAUAAAGGAACAAUAUAUUACAAGAAUGUUGUUUGUGGUGUAUUAUUGGAUGUAAUUUGUGGGAUGUUGUUUGUUUGUGUAGCUCUUGAUAUGAGAAUGAUGAAAUUUAUGUAUCCUUUUUGUGGUAUAUAUAUACAUUAUUGUUGAUGAUUCACAA